AAACACACACGUGGUUUUGCUCCAAGUUAAAACUGGAGGAGAGCGCAAUAGAUAAUUCCAUAGUAAACGCAACGAUGUCUCUUUACCGGAACUCCGCUUGGUUUCUGAAAGGAUUGACUGAAUUCACCAGAAGUGCAUUCCUCUCUGCAGCUAAGCGUUUCGUGGAGAAGGACCUGGAGACGUCGAUGGCGGGGAGAGUGUUCAUGAUCACGGGAGCCAACAGUGGCAUUGGGAGAGCUACAGCCAUGGCUAUCGCCAAGAGAGGUGGGACGGUCCACAUGGUGUGUAGGAACAAAGACAAGGCGGAGGAGGCCAGGGCUGACAUCGUCAAAGAGUCCGGCAAUAAGGAAAUAUAUGUUCACAUUCUGGACCUGUCAGAGACACGGAAGGUUUGGGAAUUUGCAGAUGCCUUCAAGAAGAAGUAUAAAACAUUGAAUGUACUGAUAAAUAAUGCAGGCUGCAUCAUGCGUGAGAGGGAUGUGAACUCUGACGGGCUGGAGAAGAGCUUUGCCACUAACGUCAUGGGCGUUUAUCUACUGACCAAGGGCCUGAUUCCCUUAAUGGAGAAGAGUGCAGAUCCCCGAGUGAUCACUGUAACAUCUGGAGGAAUGUUGGUCCAGAAGCUGAGGACAGGGAACCUGCAGACAGAGAUCGGCCGUUAUGACGGGACCAUGGUCUACGCGCAGCACAAGAGGCAGCAGGUUGUGAUGACAGAGCAGUGGGCCAAGACCCACAGCAACAUCCACUUCUCCGUGAUGCACCCCGGCUGGGUCGAUACCCCCGCGGUGGCCAACGCCAUGCCCGACUUCCACCAGUCAAUGAGGGACAGCCUCCGGACCCCGGAGCAGGGAGCUGACACCGUGGUGUGGCUGGCCAUCUCGGAGAGCGCCGCCACCAAGCCCAGCGGAAGCUUCUUCCAAGAUCGGAGGGUGGUGUCGGCCCACCUGCCCCUAGCCUGGACCCACAGUUCCCAGUUGGAGCAGCAACAGUUCAUGAGUCUGAUGGAGGACCUGGCCAAGACUUUCCAGCCCCACUGAGACCAAUACCAUUCAACAGUACUUCAGCACACACUGGAACCGGCGUUGUAAACUGGGAACCAGUUCAGCAUAGCUAACAGCAGGCUACACAUAAGGGGGCACAAUGCUAACAAGUUCAGAUAGAGCAAGUGCACUUCUGAGAAAGGUAACAGAUGCACAUGGCUUAAUGCUCUUAAUAUUCAAAGCUAAAUAACUCUAGCACUGAGGGCUGAAACAGAACAGUGUUUGAUGGUGAUGCUGCUGAUUUGAGGUUCCCUGACAUGUUUGGUUGCUGAUAGGCAAAGCAUUUUUCUGUUCCCAAACAAACACAGUACCCAAACGAACUCAGCGUCUUGUCAUUUCUACCAUUUCACACAGUGACUCAAUAGAAGCUGUCAAUCAGAUGGGAAUCUGAUGUGACCUAAGUCACUUCCUCAUCCAUCCACCAAUCACACUGCAGCCUGUUGCUAUGGGCUCAGCCGAUCAACACACGGUUGGUUUGUUCUGUGUCCCUUUGAACAUGUUACCAAAAACUAAUUCGCUGAAGCCUCCGUUCGUUCGACCGCAAAGCUUAUGUACCUAACACAUUGGUGUGUGUGCUAACAAUGUGACAGCAGUAGUUGGAGGGGGGCAAACACCAGGGUAGAUUUACUGAGACCAGGCAUGAAGAAAGCUCUGACUAUCAGCUGACAGAUUUAACCUACUCAGGCCAGAUAGGUACUGUAGGGAGCCACAGCAUCACUUGACAUGUACAACACAGCUGAGGACUAUUUAUUUAAUACCACUGUUGAUUUUGGGAGCACUGGAAUACAGUACCAUGCUUAUCCAUAGGCGGUAGGGUUUAGUCCUGAAAUCCUGAUUCAGUAUUUACUGCGUAUUCCUUCUUGAUGAGAACAUUUUGCAUCCCUGUGAGGCCAUUUUAAACUGAAGCAUUUACCUAGUUUGUGAUUUUAUCCUUGGAUAAAAUAAAUAAAUAACUGAUGUAAGACCCAA